AUGGAGCAGCUGACUACUGCCAUUACCCAGUUCUCCCUGGACCUAUUCAGUGAUCUGAGUAAGGAGAAUCCCACGGGAAACAUCUUCUUCUCUCCCUUCAGCAUCUCCUGUGGGCUGGCCAUGGUCCUUGCCGGGGCCAAGGGCAGCAGCGCAACACAGUUGUCUCAGGCAUUUCAUUUUGAUAAGGUUGAGGAGGUUCACUCCAGAUUUCAGCGCCUGCAUGCCGACAUCAGCCAACGUGAUGCCUCCUACAUCCUGAAACUUGCUAACAGGUUAUAUGGAGAGAAGACCUAUCACUUCCUCCCUGAUUUCUUGGCAUCAACUCAGAAAAACUACGGGGCUAACUUGGCCAGUGUUGAUUUCCAGCAUGCCUCCGAGGAGGCAAGGAAGGAGAUAAACCAAUGGGUUAAAGAACAGACAGAAGGGAAAAUUCCAGAACUCUUGGUUUCAGGUGUGGUUAACAGUAUGACUAAGCUUGUGCUAGUGAAUGCCAUCUAUUUCAAGGGGAACUGGGAGGAAAAAUUUCAGAAAGAGGCCACAAUCGAUGCCCCAUUCAGGCUGAAUAAGAAAGACACAAAAAUGGUGAAAAUGAUGUAUCAGAAAAGGAAGUUUCCAUAUUGCUAUAUCCAGGAACUGAAGUGCCGUGUAUUAGAAAUGCCCUACCAAGGCAAUAACCUCAGCAUGGUCAUCCUGCUGCCAGAUGAUAUUGAAGAUGACUCCACAGGUCUGAAAAAGAUCGAGGAACAGUUGACUUCGGAAAAAUUGAAUGAGUGGAUCAAACCUGAGAAUAUGGAUGUCAUAGAAGUUAACCUCAGCUUGCCUAGGUUCAAGCUUGAAGAGAGCUACAACCUCAAUUCUCACCUGGCCCACCUGGGUGUGCAGGAUAUCUUUAAUAGUAGUAAGGCUGAUCUCUCUGGCAUAUCAGGAAAUAGAGAUCUUAUUAUAUCAAAAAUUAUUCAUAAAUCUUUUGUAGAAGUGAAUGAGGAGGGUACAGAGGCUGCAGCUGCCACGACAGCUAUUGCAACCUUCUGCAUGCUAAUGCCAGAGGAAACUUUCAAUGCCAACCAUCCAUUCCUUUUCUUUAUUCGACACAAGCCCUCAGGGAACAUCCUGUUUUUUGGCCGAGUUACUUCUCCUUAA